AUGGACUCACCGCCUCCAUACGCUCCCCGAUGCCAAUCAACGCCUCAAGACUUAGAAAUAGCUUCGAUCCGCUCAGCAGCUCCCAGCUACGUUAGCGCCGCUCCAUCUUACACCUCAAUGCUUCCACCCUCCUCAACCUCCUCAACGCCCCGUCCAUCCGGUGGGCUCCCAUCUCCGUAUUCCACGCCAUCUUCUCUGCGUAUCUCAAGAAACCCUUCCGUGACCUCUGUACACCACUUUCGCUCCUCCACAACCAUGCCGUCGACCUCCCUGUCCCACCCCAAAGCACGCCAUUAUCACUCCGUAGCCUCCCGCCGAGCAACCGCGCAGAAAAUCCAAAAACAAUCCACACUCCUCUUCUCCGCACUCAGCGGCGAAGACGGCAUCGCGCAGAUGAGAAAACGGAUGAAAGACGAGGAGCUCGAGCGCGUAAAGCGGACUAGCGAGGAUCCGGAGCUUGUAGGGGAGUUAGCUGCCGAAGAAAAUAAGCGAAGAAGGAGAGAAGGCUUGGAGGAUGUGCUAGAGAAGGAAGAUAAGAGGUGGGAUUGGCUAUUAGCGCAGAUGGGCGAUUAG